GGGGGCUUCUUUUUCACUUCUUCUGCGUCUCUGCCGUCAUCCUCAAAGCCGCUCUCAGUCUUCUCCCCUGCUCUCCCAUCUUCGUGUCCGUGCUGUGUUACAAAUGUCUUUUGAUUCCUGUGGUGAGAAGCAUCAAUUCAUUGUUCGGAGUGCUCUGUUUUUCAUGAACCAGGGAAGGUUGUGGUGUGCUUUGAAGAUUUUGUUUCGACACUGGACUUGACAUUUGUUGUUUGUGUUCUGCCAGGGAGGUGAGGGAGUUAGGGACUGUUUGGUUUUCUGUUUACCAGUAGCUAUAGAGCGUAGGCAUUUUAAUUUCCUUCUGUUUUUUUUCUUGAUCGCAAACACUAUUGUUUUCAGUUUGUAAUAUUUCCCGAGGAUUAGAUUUUAGGGGGGUGGUGGGGGUGUCAAAUUCUGCUCUGCAGCCCUGUAUUCUGCCGGCUCUACCCUAUGUCGAGUGCUGCCCUUCCUCCAGGAUUUCGUUUCCAUCCUACGGAUGUAGAGCUGAUAAUGUACUAUCUAAAGCGUAAGGUCACAGGCAGGAAAUUCCCUGAUGAAGCUAUGCAUGCUAUAACUGAGCUUAAUAUUUGCCAUUACUCUCCAUGGGAGCUUCCAGGAAAAUCUAGAUUGAAAAGCAAAGAUCGUGAGUGGUAUUUCUUUUGCCAAAGAGAGAGGAAGUAUGCCAGUGGGUCUAGAUCUAAGCGGGCAACAGAAACUGGUUUCUGGAAAGCAACAGGGAAUGAUAGAAUUGUCAAAUACGAUGGGCGAACUGUUGGGAUGAUUAAAACUUUGGUCUUUUAUGAAGGUGUUCCACCCAAAGGGAAAAGAACAGAUUGGGUUAUACAUGAGUACCGGAUGGAAGACCAACAUUUGGCAGAUGCAGGGAUUCUUCAGGAUACAUUUACGAUAUGCAAAGUUUUUGAAAAGGCUGGAUCUGGACCAAAAAAUGGCUCCCAAUAUGGAGUAUUCAGGGAGGAAGAUUGGGAAGAUGAGGAAGCAUGUCAUGAAAAAGAUCUAUCUGUUGUAUCUCCUGCAAUUGUUGCUCAUACUGAUUGCCAAAGCUGCCCGGUUGUGAGUAGCACAGUUGAGCUAGGCUGCUCUUCUAAUUUUACUGUGGAUGAACCAGGUGCAUCGUCUGCGGAACACGGUAUAUCAUUGUCUGAACUCAAUGCCAAUGAAAUACUGCCAGAUAAUGUUAUUUCAGAAGACAUUUUCUCACCACCAAUUGAGAUAAACAGUAACAAGAAUGUAACAAGUACAGAGCUAGCAAGAGCAGAACAGUGCAAGGAUGGAGAAGACAUUUGGAUGGAUGAAUAUGGAGAUCUGAGUGAACUGUUGGCGGGAGUGGGAGAUAUUGAAAAUGAUUUGUGUGAUAAUGGAUAUUGGGCGGUGGAAGCAGCAGAGCAGCCUGCAAACAUCCCAACCCCACUGCAGCAGGCUGAUCUUGAUCUCUUCUACUCUUUCGGCAUGUAUGAUGAUGAGAGUGUGUUACUAGGAGAGCUGGAGAAGGCUGCAGAAGUGAGGGUGGAGGAGGAUAGCAGAAUUCAUUCCCCCCCUGCAACUUGGUGGGCAGCUGCUGCUCAUGAUGAGCCUCCUCCUCCUCCCCCUCCCCUUCCUCCUCCUCCUCCUCCACCGCCUCCUUUGAUGAGUAUCCCAAUCCCAUACAAUAUUUGGGAUCCUUAUCCAAUUCAUCACAAUCAUCAUCUUGUGCUUCCUGAGAUGUCAAGAAACCACAACAUUGCUGCUGCCGCCGCUGCUAAUUAUUACAUGGAGCUGGAUGAUCUGGAGGAGCCACUGUAUGUGUCGAAACAUGCUGCUAGUCAAAGCAAAACCCAUCCCCCGUGAAAUACGCUCUGUAUGCAUGUAUAUAUGUAAAUGCUCUCAUUGAUGGAGGAGGGAAUUGGAAUUGGGAUUACCCCCAAGGGGCAGCAUCCAAAAAUGAAAUCCCAGAGGAGAGAGGAGAGGAGAGGGGGGUGUAUGCAAAGACAAGACGACACCCAAGAGGCAAAGAGUUGUUGAAGAAUCAAGAGCAGUACAACAUUACAGCAGUACUCCUGAAAAGAACUUUUUUUUUUUCUUGCUAUUCUUUUUUUCAAUCGUCUCAAAAAAGGAGUUACUAUUCCAUCUAUAUAAUUAAACAAACAAAAUGGGUUGCGUUAUCAAGUAAUGUAUGUAUGUAGACACAAUCACAUUAUUAUCAAGUAAAGCGUGAGGGAGGCC